GUUGUCCUCGAAUGGAGUCAUGUACAGAGGUGUACUCAGCUCUAAUGCCUUAACGCGCGUCGUCUUGAUGGCGAAUGCCCGUUGUUACUCCUUUAUAUGCGGGAAGCUCGGAGAUUAGGGCAGCGUGAGCAUGCUCCGACGCGGAGUAUGACAAUAUUCUUUGAGAUAAUCUCUCUCUGCGCUAUAAAUGGGGGUUUCAAAUUCCCUUGCGCUAUACACGCUUUCAGCGCCUUCCUGAGAAAAACUUUCUUUGCAGGGGUUCUCUUUGUCAGCUUCAGAGAAUGGUUUCUAUGCUCAGCACGACGGUCCUUGUUUUAUUGCUCGCGAUUUACACGCGGUAUUGUAGACAUAUCAGCAAUGACUUCAAAGACAGUCAAGGUCUCAAAAUCAAGCUACUCAGAAAGGAUACCCGGUAUCGAAGGUUCUCGCAUGGUCGUGAACUGUCCCAGGAAGGCCGGGAACUCGCCGGCGACGAACCAUACUUGAUCCAGAAUGGAUGGUGGACUCGCGAGCUGGUGAUCACAAACCCGGAUCACUUGCAGGAAUUCUAUCGAAAGGAUGCAAAAGAUCACAAGAAGCCAAUCAACAUGAAUCUGGGCGACUAUUUUGGGCGGUGAGUAUAUCAGUUUGAGGACUUCUGUCUUGAAAG